GCAUUAUUUCGCGCCAAAUUUGUUCCCGGCCCAAACCGGAAGUAAAGGGCUGCACGUUUGUUGCUCAUGGUUUGUUCUCCGCUGUUGUUUCCCUGGUCUUACUGCGGUUUAAACGCGUGCUUGUUGGUGUUGUAACAGUAUUUUGUUUUGUGUGAGCACGACGACUGAUCGGUUAAGGUUUUGUGUGUAGUAUAGAGAAUGGAUGUAAAUGAAGUGCAAGGGAAUAAUGGGUCCAUGGACGAUCUGGAAGAUGAGGAGCUGUGUGAAGCUCUAGCUGUUCUGGCUGGCAGUGAUCCGGAUAAGUGUUCAUACCCUCAGGGAUAUGUGAAAAGACAGGCUGUGUUUGCCUGCAGCACUUGUACAGGUGAAGGCAUGGAGCCGGCUGGAGUCUGCCUCGCCUGUGCCAACACCUGCCACGAUACCCACAAUAUCUAUGAGCUGUAUACAAAAAGGAAUUUUCGCUGUGAUUGCGGGAACAGCAAGUUUGGCUUGUUUAAAUGCAAACUGACUGCUGACAAAGAGGGACAGAACAGCAAGAACGUUUAUAAUCACAAUUUCUUUGGCCGAUACUGCUCCUGUGACAGACCUUACCCGGAUGAGAAUGAUAAGGUUGGUGAAUCGAUGAUUCAGUGUAUUCUGUGUGAAGACUGGUUUCACUCGAAGCAUCUGGGAUGUUCAGUCGUGGACUCUGAGGACUUACUGGAGAUGGUGUGUGAGAGCUGUAUGAACAAAGCGCCGUUCCUUUGGACCUAUGCUGCCUACUUUGCGCAUCCCCCAGUAAGCAAUUUGAGUCUGAGUACAGAUGACGAGAAUACAUCUGUGGCAGGGAAUAGAGAGGAGAAGGAGGCACUGUUGCCAUCAUGCAGUAAUGGCCAUGAUGAGCCCUCCACAAGUAAAGACUGUCAGAAGGAAGCAAGGCUCACUAGUAAUGGAAUUAAGGCUGUAAACCACAAGCGGACACGUGAGGAGAUGGAGAGGUGUCCUGCUAAGUGCCAGUCUAAAACCAUUCCAUGCAAACUGAAGGAGUUAAAGGCCAAAGGCUUGGUGAGACCAAGGGUGGGAUCAGUGUUCUGGCCAUAUGACUGGAGGCCCAAGCUUUGCAUUUGCACAGACUGCAAGAAAUCAUAUGUGGAGGCUGGUGUUCAGUUCCUAAUGGAUGAGUCAGACACCCUGCUUGCAUAUGAGAAUAAGGGUGAGGCAUUACUAAAGGAAGACCUGCUCAUGUCCUGCCUUGGUUCCCUGGACCGUGUCCAGCAGCUGGAGAUUAUUUAUCAGUAUAAUGAAAUGAAAACAGAGCUGCGUGAGUUCCUGCAGCAGUUUGCUGAUCAGGGAAAGGAUGUGACCCCUGAGGCUAUCCACAUGUUUUUUGAAGAUCUUCAGGCAAAGAAAAGAAGACGGGCCUCUGUUGGGCAGUAUUACUGCAGCUGAGCUGGUACACAUGGCCAUCCUUGCAUUCCAGGUUUUUUUUUUUUUUCCUUCUUGGAAUAAACAGACAAAUUGAAAACGACUGCUGUCUCUAUAGAGAAGCAAAGGCAAAUGUUAGUUUUAAGCUGCUAGUGUUUAUUGCACACCUCACCCCAUCUAAUGUAGAUGGAGUGGACAUUACUGAUGUCCACAUUAAGACAUAUGGACAAGGUGGUCAAUACUCUUGGGCUGGAGAGUUGGCUGGGAUCCAGAAGCCCUAGAUGUUUCAAUGGCAACACUCACGAAUGUUAGAUUAUGCUUUUGUCAAACUGGAUGAUUAAAUACAACGUACAAAUGCA